AUGCUUGCCGCUCUCAAAUCUACGUUGACUGACAUUCUCCCGGCUGCUGCGACAAUAGAGAACGGAAACCCAGAAAUGAGUGUUGUCGAGUCCCCCUCGUCUCCUCCCCCUCCGGUGCCGCUCGUCGCGUCAACGAACCCCAAGGCCGCCGCCCAGGCUGCCGCCGCCGCUGCCGCAGAUGCGAAGAACAUCGUUAGGCGAAAGCUCACUGGCUACGUCGGUUUCGCCAACCUGCCGAACCAGUGGCACCGGAAGUCUGUACGAAAAGGGUUCAACUUCAACGUGAUGGUUGUCGGUGAAUCUGGUCUUGGAAAGUCGACCCUAGUCAACACUCUGUUCAACACUUCCCUAUACCCCCCGAAGGAGCAGAAGGGCCCGUCCGCCGACAUCAUCCCCAAGACUGUGGCCAUCCAGUCGAUCUCUACCGAGCUCGAGGAGAACGGUGUCCGUCUGCGUCUCACCGUGGUCGACACCCCUGGAUUCGGAGACUUCGUGAACAACGACGAGUCGUGGCGUCCGAUCGUCGACAACAUCGAGCAGCGCUUUGACGCCUACCUCGAGGCCGAGAACAAGGUCAAUCGUAUGAACAUCAUCGACAACCGCAUCCAUGCGUGCGUCUACUUCAUCCAGCCUACUGGUCACUCGCUCAAGCCCCUGGACAUCGAGGUGAUGAGGAGGCUUCAUACCAAGGUCAACUUGAUCCCCGUCAUCGCCAAGGCGGAUACUUUGACCGACGAGGAGAUUUCUGCGUUCAAGCUCAGGAUUCUCGCCGACAUUAAUCACCACAAGAUCCACAUCUUCGAGGGACCCAGCUACGAUCUUGACGACGACGAGACCAUCGCCGAGAACAACGAGAUCAUGUCGAAGGUUCCCUUCGCCGUUGUCGGAGCCAACAACGAGGUCCAGUCCGCCGACGGACGCAAGAUCCGCGGUCGUCGCUACCCCUGGGGUGUGAUUGAGGUCGACAACGAGGAGCACUGUGACUUCGUCAAGCUGCGCCAGAUGCUGAUCCGCACCCACAUGGAGGAGCUCAAGGAGCAUACUAGUAACAUGCUGUACGAGAACUACCGCUCCGAGAAGCUUGCCGCCAUGGGUGUGGAGCAGGACCCGUCGGUGUUCAAGGAGGUCAACCCCGCCGUCAAGCAGGAGGAGGAGCGCACGCUGCACGAGCAGAAGCUCGCCAAGAUGGAGGCCGAGAUGAAGAUGGUUUUCCAGCAGAAGGUGGCCGAGAAGGAGAGCAAGCUCAAGAUGAGCGAGCAGGAGCUAUACGAUCGUCAUCGCGAGAUGAAGGAGCAGCUCGAGAGGCAGAGACUCGAGCUCGAGGAGAAGAAGCAGCGGAUCGAGAGCGGCCGACCCCUGGAAGAGAAGAAGGGCCGGAAGGGGUUCUCGUUGCGUUAA